UGUCAAAAUGGUAUGUUAAAUAUUCGACACUUAACCUCGCCUUCCCGCGCAAAUUCGCUGCCAUUUGCGCUCACUCCGCUACACCAGUGUGCUCCAGUUUGAUAGUUUUGGCGGGAGGAGGAGUUUCACCGUUUGUUGACAAAUGUUAAUAAUUCGCUUCUGAUGACAGAGAUAUUUAUUGUAACUUGUUGUUUAAUUUUAAAAAUUCAUUAUAUACGUCGAAGAGAUAUAGCACUGUAAUAUAUCAGGCAGAAUGGUGAGACGAAAAGCAACAGCGAGUCCGCGUUCCGGUCGUUCCGAUGGUUCGAAUAAAGGCGCAUCAAGUGAAAAAUCCAGCCAUACAGUUGUUAUCGUCGAUAGGAAUCGGACGAAGCGACGGACAAUGCGAGUAUUGCAGGAAAUUAAACAUUUAAGAAGAACCACAAGAUUAUUGAUACCCAAAGCACCAUUUGCAAGACUCGUUAGAGAAAUAAUUAGAGAAUGUUUCCCUAGAUUAGAUGUUCAAAGGAUACAAGUAUCAGCUCUGGAAGCUCUACAAGAAGCAACUGAAAUGUACAUAACGCAGUUCUUUGAAGAUGCCAUGCUUUUAACGUUACAUGCAAAACGUGUUACACUUAUGCAAAGAGACAUGAUACUCAUGCGACGAUUGAGGGGCAGAGAUGACAUCAUUAACAGAUAAUGCUGUAGAACGAUCUUAAAGUAUUAUAAAAUGAGGUAUUUCAUGAUUUUUAAGAAGUGACCAAUUUCCAGUCAUUCGUUGUUUAACAGCUACAUCAAGAAAGACUAAUGAUACAGAGAUAUAAAUGUGCCUUUUACUAUAAGUCGCUGGAGAUAGCAAUUGCGAGAACAUUUUAAUUGACUGUAAUUAUAUUUAAUUACAUAUUGCACGUGACAUGUAUUUUGACUAUUGCUGGAAAUGAGUUUCUAAAUUAUUCUUAUCAAUAUAUUUAGUACUCUUGUUGAUUGUUCAGCAUCUGAGUUUUUAAGCAAACCAUGCACGUUUUAAAUAUUAGGUUGAUGUCAUUUUUUUUAACAUGUUAUGUUUUGUGUUAAAAACGCCAUGACUUAUGCAUCAACCUAAUAGUUUCACUUAAAUUGUAUAAUAAAACAAUAUUUUGUUCAUUGUAAUUGACAACGAAUAGUCAACAGGUUUAGAUCUUCUGCUACAAAUAAAUGCUCGAUAAAAUUAUUAACUAUUAACGAAGUGACGUCGAAUUCUUGAUGCAUCAGAUACGGGUUUUACAUUUACUGUAAAAGAAUUGAAUGUGUGCGAUGAAUAAAAUUUUUAUUUACGAGAAACAUUCAAACAUUUCAAUAGAGUUCUUAUUUCACCGUACGAAACUUUGGUAAAAUAUACAUUUUACGUUUCGUCACAAGUACCAAAUUCUUGGUACAUCAAAUGUACUGUACAGAAGUAUCUCAAAGUAACUCGAUUUAGCUCUAACCCGAUUACAUGGCAGUAGAGUCGCUCCUCCGAUACGCAUAAACAAAAUAAUUAAAUACGGAAUUAUGAUCUAACUAUUAAAUACAUACAAUACAUUAAUUAAAUAUGAUUAUGUUAAAUAAUACAUACACAGUAACGCAACCCACCGUUAACAUCAAAACUUCGUGCGUAUCCAUUGGGGUUAGCUGCAAUAAAAACAACCGUCGUUCACAACCGACAUCCGGCAACAAAUACAAUAGAGACAAAAUGUCGUUAUCCUAAAGGGAUUGCCUAGAAAAAGAAAUAGCGUAUUAAAAAAUAAAAUACUAGUCAACUAUAUAAAAUUAUUCGUCUAUAAUACAAAUAGAGUGGGGAAAUAUAAAAGGCACUUGAAAUACAGCACAGGCCGAGCUUAAAAAAACCUUUCGCCUAGAUACUCGUAAGAAAUAGAAUGUUCGUCGAUUAACGUGCAACUUACGAAGAAGGCACUGAAGGCACAACAAUAGUUAUCGUACUGUCAUUACUAUAGUAAAGGUGUCUCGCUUGGAAGUUGAAUAAACACCUAAGGCACUGACAGGGCUGGGUAAAGUGAGCUACUUGAAAUAAAUCCUACGAGACAUUUCGAGUUCUUUUUUUUUAUAAAAAAAUUAUUUAAAAUACCUACUCGUCACAUAAAAAAGACAUUAAGUACGAAAUAUUUGAAAUAAUGAUUUUCAAGUAAACGAUUCAACGCGCGUGUCCAUUGUCAGUAUAUUGAUUACGUAUAAUUUUGCAUUAUUCCAUCUUGCGUCGUCUGCUUGAUACAAGUAUCUCUCUGCGCUACAUGAAAUAAGUAUUCGAAAUGUACACCGAAACCACCGAAGGGAUUUCAUUUUAAAUAAUGCCCAGCCCUGAACAGAGUGUGCUCACAAUUCCGAACGCGUAAGAAACUCUUUCGGAUUAUUUUAUACAAUAAAAAUUAAAUAACAAGUCUUUAUCACGGUGACCAAAGGCUGAGC